GGUACUUGAAGAUGAGGGCAGUUUGGAGCCUCAACACUGCUCCUUUCUCUUCUGAGAACUCAAUCCGCUCCAUCAUAACCGUCCACGACGGCGCAGAAGCAAGGGAAAAUGGCUUCAUCACAGCCGCCCAUCGCUACUGUCUACGUCCGGAAUCUGGAAGAGCGCGUCAAGCCCGAGCCGCUCAAGCAAGCGCUGCGCGCCGUCUUUUCCGAAUAUGGCAAUGUGAUUGACAUCGUGGCCAAGACCAACCUCAAGGCGAAAGGGCAGGCCUUCGUCGUCUUCGACAAGCCCGAGUCGGCGCUCGCUGCCAUUGAGGAAGUGCAGGGCUUCGAGCUCUUUGAGAAGCCAAUGCAGGUCGCACUGGCACGCACGCGGAGCGAUGCCACCGUGAUGCUGCACGGCACUGAGGAGGAGUUCGACGCGCACAAGCGCCGGCGCAUGGCCGAGAAGGACAAAAAGAAGGCCCUCGAGUCCGCCGAAGAGCAGAAGCGCCUCAAGCGGCCCAUGCCGGGCGCGGGUGCCGAGGUAGGCGCCCGUCCAGCCAAAAACGCCCGCGGCGCCGGGCUCAAGGCCACCGGAGCCGGCCCGGCGGCCGUCGUCCCCGACGAGUACCUGCCGCCCAACCGGAUCUUGUUCGUGCAGAACCUGCCCGACGACUUCGACAAGGACGCCCUCACCGCCAUCUUUGGCCACUUCGAGGGCUUCCGCGAAGUCCGUACGGUGCCGGGUCGCAGUGGGAUUGCGUUUGUGGAGUAUGAGACCGAGGCUGGCGCCAUCACUGCCAAGGAGAACACCGCCGGAAUGGCGCUGAAAGGCGGCGAGAAGAUAAUGAAGGUUACCUACCAGCGGCAGUAAAGCUUGGAGGGCAUCAGGAAGGCGCAUUUGGUUCGGUUCAAGGGGAGAUCUGCACUUCUAGGUCAGGCGUUGGGUUUAGGGGUCUCGCACAUCUCAUUCGAACAGGACCUCAUUAAUGAGCCAAGGGGAAGAGGUUGAUACCCAGU